AUGGAUCUGGACGAUAAAUUUCGCCGAAUGUUUACACUUUCCAACUUCAACUCCUUUGCCGAGCUCAGUACCAGCGUGAAGCAGUUUGAACAGGUACAUCAUUAUUUCCCACCCAUUCCAGCCAAAAGGAAACCGGCUCGGUGUUUCGCUUUCGCGUCUCCCAUCGCUAUUCACCUCACGACCCGGAAGCCAAACGUCUAGUGUACAAGCGCUUCAGCUACGUCUGUAUUCACUACGGUACCUACGAGAGUCGAGCACGUCCCCAGUGCAAACGCAGGUGUCCGUCUACUUCAUCCGUGGUUUUAACCUCGUUUCUGUAGAACUCUUCGCAGUGGAUGUCCGGCCUAUUUCGAGGUGCGCGGCUCGGCAGCCGGUUUGCAGAUCAUUCGCUACAGCAUGUUGCACAAUCACGCAGUGACGGUUGGUGCUCCCAACAUCUAUCCUAGCCAGCGCCGACUGACUGCUAGCGAAAAGAGCACUGUGAGGGAGCUCAUUCGGGCAAAGGCAAGCAAUCAGGUCCUGCGGGAUUUCAUAAGAGGUAGGAGCGUCAGUCUUUGGCUGUUUCCUGAAUAACCGCAGUCUAGACAACUUUCAGAAGGCCUACGAACUCUCCGACAUUCGCCAACUGCGCUAUCGACUCACUCACCCACACGAGAUGAAUCAGACCGCAGUGGAGCCUAAUGUCCCCAACGCUGAGUCCACCGACAUCUGUCAGGCCAACUCGUUCGGUGAAGUUGUUCGUUGCCGGGAUCUUGGCGAAUCCCCGACAGGUUUGUGGACGCCUUUUCCCUGAUUAUUUAUAGAAUUUGAGCGGGCCAGUUUGGAUCAAAGGAAAAGACUCGCUCUUGAGGAGGUUGUUCUGAGGCUGAAAAGCGUCUUCCGGAAGUCCGAUGCAGCUGCCCUGCCAGACCUACUGAAAUCAUGUGAUGCCUGGUUAAAUAGCAUUGAGCGCCAGGUUAGCUCGCGCCCUCAGUCUCUGUCGCACUCGAAAUGCACCUGCAGGCGCGAGACGCUAGGUUGGUUUCCCCGCGCGCUGCCCUCAAUCGCCAGAGCAGCUUCGUUCGACUGUGAGGACUCGAACUCAAAUGGCCACUUUUCUGAACUUCCCACAAGUGAAGUGGAUUUAGGAGACUUCCUACAGCAGGAGGAGGACGAGGGCGGUAGUUCUUCGGCACCGUCUGGAGCAAGAUCCUCCUCACAACCUUGA